UUGGUGAAAGAGCAAGUGGCGUGAGUAACUCAAUAUAUCUGUUUGUCUGUUUCUUUUUUCCCUUAGAAAAUCAAAGGCAAACUUGUACUUUCUUGGCGAGUUGAAAAAAAUGAGUGAAGAAGCAAAGAACGAACGGCGAGUCCUGGUGGCGGUGGACGAAGGAGAUGAGAGCAUGUACGCUCUUUCUUGGAGCCUGAAGAACGUAGUUUUCCAAAAUUCCAAAGAUACCCUUAUCCUUCUGUACGUGAAACCCCAUCAUGGGGUUUAUUCCGCCUUAGAUGCCACAGGCAUACUCGAUGAACCUCAAAUUCCAGGGCAUUCGUAUUCGCCGCAAAUAACCGCAGCCAUCGAGAAGUAUAGCCAAGAAGUCGCCGAUUGCGUCUUACAGAAAGCCAAGAAAUUGUGUAAAGAUCUCCAAAACGUGAAGUUGGAAACAAGGGUCGAGAGUGGAGACCCGAGGGACGUGAUCUGUGACAUGUCUCAGAAAUUGGGUGCUGAUUUGCUGGUGAUGGGUAGUCACGGCUUUGGAAUCCUCAAGAGUAAGUCGUUGUAUGGGGACCUGAAUUAUAGGGCUUUUCUUGGAAGUGUGAGCAAUUAUUGCUCACAGAACGUCAAGUGCCCAGUUUUGAUCGUCAAGAAGCCAAAACCAUCUGCCAGUACUGGAUAAUCAUCUCCUACUUUUGCUCUUUUAUGUACUUUUUUCUUGCUCUCCAUUUUGGUUUUGGGUAUGUCUUGUUCAUCUUCUCCCCUUUAGACCAGUCACUGCUUCUAGAAACUAUAUGGUUGAUGUUAAUGAGUUAAAUAGAGGCUUUCUUUUCGUUA